AGAAGCAUGGCUAAUUGAUUGGAAGUGUUUAAUUGCAGCAUAGCAUCUAAAGGGUGCCUUUGCUAUAAGCAGUGCUCUCAUCUGUUUUUCUUUCAUAUUGUGUGGCGUGUCUCAGAUUGUUGGCGGAUAAGCUUUCCUAUUGCUGUGGAUUUGAAAAAGGAAGCAGUUGAGUAAUUCACUGUAAUUGGAGUUGAAUGCAGUUACAAGCUUUUCAGUUUUGACUGGUGUUCACUUCUGAGAUCUGUUGUCAUUGAGGACAUGGAUGUGGCUGGAGUCUCUUCUGCUCAUUAAUGGUGUAAUUGUUUGCCACAACAAGGUUGUGGAGCUUCGAUCUAACCUGUUAGCUGUAGGUAAGUGUUUCAAUUUUCCAAAAGAACAAGAAUUAUUGCAAGCAUUUUUAUGGUUCUGAUUGCUUGUCUUGGAUGUUGUGAAGCAAGAUUCAGUCCUGUUCUCUUGUUACCAUUUUCUUUCUUAUUGUUUUGCUUCAUAUGGAAAGUUAAAGAAUUCUAUGGACUACAGUUUGCAUCUUUGGAUAUAAGAUUUAUUUGUUGUUAAGUAUUGGGUAAAUAGAAGCUAUUGUGUUCAGAAUAUACAAAUUGAUGUAGUAGAAACUUGAACAGAUUGUAUUAGCAAACUUUGAAAUCAACUUCUAACAAGUCUUAAUAUCAACUAAAACAUAGAAGGAAUAGAUCAAUUAAGGAGCUCAAUUCUCUUCACAUUUUAAUAUUUGCUUGUUGAAAGUAUUUUAAUGCAAUUCAGAAAUACCUUCAAAGUGAGAUUGACUGUUGUUUGUUAAGAUGUAUCUCAAGCAACUAGCAAAUGAGUUGUUGGUAAGAUCCAAACUAACAAGAAUACUGGAUGUGGUGCAGAGGGAGGCCAUUACAUGAAAAUUGUUCUGGUGAUAGAUGUGCACUUUCAAUUAAAAAUGGUUGUGAAAAUGUAUCUACAAGGUACAGUAUUUAUUGACAGAGCUGGUAUUCAACAUCCUCUUUAUCUUGGUGGAGUAAUGAAUUAUGUAAAAGGACUUUGUCUAUUUAAAAAAACAAAAUCAGCACUUUGUAUGUAGAGAUUUGAACAAGAGGUUAUCAGUUUGGUGGUGGGCGGUUGCUAGUACUGGAGGUAUUAUGUAAAGACAUAAGAAUGGAGGCGAGAAGAAAAGUGUCUACAAUUGAACUCUAAUGCCAUUGAAAAUGAUAUAGGGAUUUGAAAAUGUGUAUUGAGAAGGCUGGAUUCAUUGAAUGGGGCAUAUUGGCAAGGUAGAUUUCAUAUGUAUUUUGUGACUUGGCAGCAGGGCUAUUUGCAAAUGAGGAUGAAAUUCUUACAGUUGGCUUUGGUAAAGUGUUGUAGAGCCUGGCUAAUUGUCUCAAACCGACAACAACCCAAACAUCCAAUUCAGAUACAGAGCGGGUUUUAAUUUUAUAUGCAAGCAGACCUCUUGAGUGUGGAUAAAAGCAGAAAACAUAGAAACAUAGAAAAACUACAGCACAAUACAGGCCCUUCGGCCCACGAUACUGUGCCGAACAUGUACUUACUUUAGAAAUUACCUCGGGUUACCCAUCGCCCUCUAUUUUUCUAAGCUCCAUGUACCUAUCCAGGAGUCUCUUAAAAGACCCUAUCAUAUCCGCCUCCACUACCAUCGCCAGCAGCCCAUUCCAUGCACUCACCACUCUCUACGUAAAAAAAAACUUGCCCUGCCAUCUUCUCUGUACCUACUUCCAAGCACUUUAAAACUGUGCCCUCUUGUGAAAGCCAUUUCAGCCCUGGGAAAAAGCCUCUGACAAUCCAUUCGAUCAAUGCUUCUCAUCAUCUUAUACACCUCUAUCAGGUCACCUCUCAUCCUCCGUCGCUCCAAGGAGAAAAGGCCAAAUUCACUCAACCUAUUCUCUUAAGGCAUUCUCCCCAAUCCAGGCAACAUCCUUGUAAAUCUCCUCUUCACCCUUUAUACAGUUUCUACUUCCUUCCUGUAGUGAGGUGACCAGAACUGAGCACAGUACCCCAAGUGGGGUCUGACCAGGAUCCUAUAUAGCUGUAACAUUACCUCUCAGCUCUUAAACGCAAUCCCAUGGUUGUUGAAGGCCAAUGCACUGUAUGCCUUCUUAACCACAGAGUCAACCUGUGUAGGAGCUUUGAGUGUCCUAGGGACUCAGACCCCAAGAUCUCUCUGAUCCUCCACAUUGCCAAGAGUCUUACCAUUAAUACUAUAUUCUGCCAUCAUAUUUGACCUAUCAAAAUGAACCACCUCACACUCUCUGGGUUGAACUCCAUCUGCCACUUCUCAGCCCAGUUUUGCAUCCUGUUGAUGUCCCGCUGUAACCUCUGACAGCCCUCUGCACUAUCCACAACACCCCCAACCUUUAUGUCAUCAGCAAAUUUACUAACCCAUCCCUCCACUUUCUCAUCCAGGUCAUUUAUAAGAAUCACAAAGAGAAGGGGUCUCAGAACAGAUCCCCGAGGCACACCACUGGUCACUGCCCUCCAUGCAGAAUAUGACCUUUCUACAACUACUCUUUUCCUUCUGUGGGCAAGCCAAUUCUGGAACCACAAAGCAAUGUCCCCUUGGAUCCCAUGCCUCCUUACUUUCUCAAUAAGCCUUGCAUGGGGUACCUUAUCAAAUGCCUAUACACUACGUCUACUGCUGUACCUUCAUCAGUGUGUUUAGUUACAUCUUCCAAAAAUUCAAUCAGGCUCGUAAUGCACUAUCUGCCUUUGAUAAAGCCAUGCUGACUAUUCCUAAUCAUAUUAUACCUCUCCAAAUGUUCAUAAAUACUGCCUGUCAGGAUCUUUUCCAUCAACUUACCAACCACUGGAAACACUCUAAAGGCCAGGCAGUAUCUGUGGAAAGAAGUAAUUGAUGUUUCAAGUCAAAUACCCUUGAUUAGAAAUGAAAAAGUGAGCAAACAUUAUUAAGUUGCAAGGGGGUGGGUGAGAGAGUUGGAAGGGCAGCGGGAAUGUCUCCUGGGUGAGACCAGGGUUGGAUGGUGAUUGGAUGUUUAUGAAGUUGUUGGGUCGAUAGAUUAAUGAAACAGUUGAGAGGAGAGAAAACAAGUGGAACAUGUUGAAGCUGUGAAAUGGAGAGAGCCAAAAAGCAAAGGCAGAAGUUGGAAAUGUGCAAUAGAUCAGGCUGUUACUCUCAGCAAGGAAAAGACUGUGUUUAUUACAGGUGGAAAACUUAACAAUAGAAUUGGUCAGUCUCAUACAAACAAUAUUGAACAAUAUAGUGAGUAAUCUAGAAUGCUGACUUCAAUACUGAAUCCUAAAGGAAGCAAAUUACCUAGAUGGAAAAUGCUCAGUCUGUAUUGGGCUUUGUUAGAAAAGUGCAAAUUGCCACAGACAAUUAGGACAGAGUGGGAAUGGAGUGUAGAAUUAAAGUGACAGGCAACUAGAAACUCAGGGUGACCCUGUGGACUGAUUGAAAACCAGAGACCGUAAGAGCAAAAUUAUGCUAUUCAGCCUGUCAAGUCUGUUCUGUGCUCUUCCACUCGAUCAUCGAACCUGUGUUUGGUUUCCCUGUGUGGGGUUGGUGGAGAACAGUACUAUACACCAGAUUGGACGGAGCGUAAUUGAAGUUUGCUUGUAAUUACUCCAGUGUAGUAGACUGCAUUUCUCUGCAACUUAAAAUGAACGUGAUUUCUCACAUUUUUCACUCUGAUUGUUGUGGAACAAGUGAAUCUCACAGUCUGAUCUCGGCUCAAACUGAAAUACAAAAGUGUGAAAGCACAUACCACUGGGCUCAAAGGGGCAGCCUCCAUCCUGCUGUAAUAAGACUAUUGAAUUCCCUAGUGCAGUAGAAUGGACUCAUAGCCUCCCAAUCUAUCCUGUUAUGGUCUUACACCUUGUUAUCUACCUGCACUGCACUUUCUCUUUAAGGGUAACACCUCAUUCUGCAUUCAGUUUUCCCUUGUACUACCUCAAAGUGUUGUUGUAAUGUAUCAAUCUGUAUGAACAGGACAGUUUUCCGCUGUGCUGUGGUACAUGUAAUGAUAGUGAGCUAACUCACCAAUUUACAAAUUUUCCGUCAAUAUUUAACUUAGUCAGGGUGGAAAAGCCUGUUCACCUUAGUGCUGUGGUCCAUGCGCCCUUUGUACAAAAUAUGACGCCUUUGUAUAUAUUUGGAGAUGAAGUGCAGUAUCUUCACUGAGUUACAGAUAUUCUGUUCUUGCUGCUUGUCUAACCCAGCCCAAGGCAUAUGAUGAACCUAUUACGACACGACCUCCCUAAAUGAUUGUCACAUGCAAUGAGAGAGAAUCUGGCUGGCUGGAGUCAAAACUGACAUGCUGAAGUGUAAUAAUGCAAUAAAGUAUUGAGUUCAGGAGCAAUUGGAUGCAUUCAUGAACAAUCUGUGUAAAUUUUCAUGUGUAAUUCUCUGGAGCUCCUAACCUGACUUGAGACAGCUAGAUGAAGUAGAAAAAAAUGGGGUCUAUGAUCGGACAGAUCAAUUGUUGCAAUAUUACAGUUUUUUAUCCUGAGUCUAUCUGUAUUAAAGAUAAAGAAAUAGUCUAUCCUUGAAUAUGCUGAAUGAGGGAAAGAGUAAUGUGUAUAAUCUUUACUAGUGGGGUGUAAUUCCCUCCACACAUCUAUAAUUCCCAACUCCUCCAUCAAUAAAUUCAUUUUCCGAGUCAGAGGUUUAUUGUGAGUAACUAUUCUUGAAGAAUCUAAUGCAGGAUUUAACCUAAUAUUAAAAUCCCCUCCACAGAUUACUACCCCUUGAGAACUGACCAUUAGGUCAAAAUUGUGUCUGUAGAAUGACCAUUCACAACCUGGUGGAGCAUAAACAUUCAGUAAUGUUAUUUCUGUACCUUCUAUUCUUCCCGUAAUUUUUACAAAUCGUCCAUCUUUGUCUUUAGUCUCCGAAAUAUGUUCAUAAUUAAGAGUACUUGGUAUUAAAGUAGCUACUCCUCUUUUGUGGCUCAAUUUAUAUGAUGAAUAAAAUACAUGCUUAAAGCCCAUUCUUUUUAAUUUUUCAUGUUCUGAUUGGCUCAUAUGUGUUUCCUGGAGGAAAGCUAUUUGUACCCUCUCUUUUCAAUUUAGAUAUAAUCUCAUUUCUUUUAAUUGGAUUCAAAACCCCAUUAACAUUAUAGGAAAUUAUUUUUACCAAUUCAAUUUGCAUUUUGCUCUAGUAGAAAAAAAACUCUCCUUUUCUAACCAAACAGUAAGCAAUCCCUUCUCAACAGUAAACCAAGACAUAUAACCACACCCUAGACAUUGUUGAACUAUAACAUUUGAAAAUUUUUCCCGACUUCCAACAGUGAAGCCUGAGCACCGACCCGCCUCAGUUCAGGGGGAUAACCUCUAUCUUCACCCUGUGUUAGAGGGCCCUCAGCAGUUUGAAUAAUCAUAGAGAAUUUUCUCCUAUUUAUGUCUCCACCAUAUUGCUAUCAUUCAAGUUAUUCCGCAAACAUCAGGAAUUCUGCAGAUGCUGGAAAUUCAAGCAACACACAUCAAAGUUGCUGGUGAACGCAGCAGGCCAGGCAGCAUCUCUAGGAGGAGGUACAGUCGACGUUUCGGGCUGAGACCCUUCGUUAGGACCGUCAGGAUUCAAGUUAUUCCGUCUAGUUUAUUUUCAGUUACCAGCUUUCAUUUUACCUUUAAGUCCGAUUUACUCUUUUCAGUCAUUUCUCUUAAUUAAUCUGUAUUCUCUGUACAUUCGCUUUUCCUUGUAGUUUGACACUCUGGUUCGAGUGGAGCGUCCUCGCCCCAGUAACUGCCACGACUUCUGCCGAAUCCUCUCCAGUAGCGACUCCGGUUGGGUGAUGACCUUAAUAGGUAGUCCCCGGUCCGCCAGGUCCGAUGUUGCCUCCUCCACCGUAGCGUAAGUUUUUGUCCCUUCGUCGUAAAAGACUCUCAGCCGAGCUGGAUACAGGGUCUGGAAUCUGAUGUUGUUUUCCUUCAGGACUCUCCGUGUUUCCGUAUAUUCCUUCCGUCUGGCAAGAAUCCCCGAGUCAUCCACAAAGAGAAGUCUGGACACGAGGAAAUCUGCAGAUGCUGGAAUUUCAAGCAACACACAUAAAAAAUGCUGGUGAACGCAGCAGGCCAGGCAGCAUCUAUAAGAAGAGGUCAGAAGUAACAUGGAGUCUGUCGCACUUCAGACAGAAGGCUAUGUCCCAUCUGAAGAGGGCAUUGCCGCAGGACUGUUCUUCCUUCGAGUGAAUGGAGCUUUCCACGAUGUGAAAGAUGACGACCCACAAAUGUCUCUGGCUGAAUACCUUCGCAACGUUCUGCACCUUUGUGGAACAAAGGUCAUGUGUCAUGAAGGAGGCUGUGGUUGCUGUGUUGUGGUCAUUGAAUAUGAUGACCCCAUGAAACCUGGGAAAAGAAUUAUCAAGUCGAUUAACUCAUGUUUGUUUCCAAUUGGAUCCCUGCUGUCACUGAGGAAUCAUCAUGUCAUUACAGUAGAGGCACUGGGAUCUGUAAAGAAGGGUUUGCACCCAAUUCAGCAGCGGCUGGCUGAUUACAAUGGAAGCCAGUGUGGCUACUGCAGCCCAGGUUUUGUCAUGCAAAUGUAUGGGCUUCUGAAGAAUAAUGCAUCACCAAGUUCUCAGGAAGUGGAGGAUAACUUCGAUGGCAAUGUUUGCAGAUGUACAGGGUAUCGUACUAUUUUAGAUGCCAUGAAGUCCUUUGUAAAUGAUUCUUACAGAAAGCAAAAAGGAUUCUUCAUUGAUAUUGAGGAUUUGAAGACUUGUCCUAAGACAAAACAACUGUGUAAGCAAACCUACAUGAACAAAAUUGCACCUUGUACUGAUCAAGCAAAGAGCACAGCCAACUUACUUUUCUCAAAGAAUAAUAUAAGUUGGUACCAGCCGACUGCACUAACAGAAUUGUAUCUGUUAUUGACAGAGCAUUCCAGGGAAGCCAUCAAACUUGUACAGGGAGAUACUGCUAAAGGUGUUUACAAGAAAGAUGGACCUUAUCAAGUUUUCAUUGACGUGAAAGGCAUCCCUGACCUUUACAUGGUCACAAUGGGACCAAAUGGCUUGAAGGUGUUUUCCAAUGUUAGCCUGAGUUCACUGAUUGCCUACCUGCAACAAUAUUCAGACCAAUCGCCAUCCUAUACCGUUAUUGCGAGUCACCUGCUGAAGAUUGCUAAUGGACCUGUGAGGAAUGCAGGUGGUUGGGCUGGAAACCUGAUGAUGAAAUGGAGGCACCAUGAGUUUGUCUCUGAUAUAUUUGUGGUCCUUGAAGCUGCUGGUGCAAAAGUGACUGUUUCAGAUGUUGCUGCUGUGAACACUUACACAUUAGUGGAUUUUCUUGAUGUCAACAUGCAUGACAAGUUACUUUUGUGUGUAGAAAUUCCAAAACUGGAAAAGGGAGAAUCGAUGAAAUCCUAUAAGAUCAUGCCACGAAAUCAGAAUGCCCAUACCUAUGUGAGUGCUGGAUUCCGUGUAAAAACAAGAGUUUCCAAUAAGAAGCAAUUGGUAGAAUCUAUCUCCAUGGUAUACACCGGAAUUGCUGAGGACUUCAUUCACGCUACAGCCACAGAAAAAUACCUACAAGGCAAAGACCUCACUUGCAAUGAUACUUUACAAGGUGCCUUGGCUGUUCUGGACAAGGAAAUAAUUCCUGAUGUUUCUGAUCCACUGUUGGCUAGUGCUACAUACAGAAAAUCGCUGGCACAAGGGCUUUUCUAUAAGUUUUACUUGUCUCUCUUGAGUGACGAUAUCAUCUCACCACGUAACCGGAGUGCACGGUAUUCUCUGGAACGCCCUGUUUCCACAGGAAAACAAACUUUCAGCAGCAAACCAAAGGAAUAUCCUUUGACACAGCCCAUGCCAAAAUUAAGUUCUCGUCUGCAGACAUCAGGUGAAGCUCAGUUCAUCAAUGACUUGCCGCCUGUACCUAACGAGCUGUUUGCUGCAUUUGUGCUAAGCACAGAGGGCAAUGCAACCCUCAGCAACAUUGAUGGUGUAGCAGCUAUGACUGUGCCUGGUGCUGUUGCAGUGCUAAAAGCAGAGAAUAUCCCUGGAAGCAACACAUUUAUGCUGCCACCCUUUGCAGUUGAGGAGAUUUUCAGUAGUGGGCCAAUUCUUUAUGCUGGACAGCCAAUUGCACUGUGUAUUGCAGAUUCACAGAAACAUGCUGAGCAGAUGGUGGAAGCUGUGAACGUUACCUAUCAAGAUCAGAAACCACCAAUAGUGACUCUUGAUGAAGCUAUCGAGAAGAAAUCCUUCCACCCAUCACCCGGACCAGGAUUACUAACUGGAGAUCCUGCCGGUGCUAUUUCACAGUCUCCUUGCACGGUUAAAGGUGAAAUCAGGAUGGGUGAACAAUAUCAUUUUCACUUGGAAACACAGAUCUGUCGGUGUGUGCCUACAGAAGAUGGUCUGGACAUCCAGGCAUCAAGCCAGUGGUUGACUUUGGUCCAACAGGUCGUUGCCAAUGCCCUUGGAAUACAAGCGAAGAAUAUUAAUGUCAUGGCGAAGCGUUUGGGUGGAGCUUAUGGAGGCAAAGCCAGUCGUUCAAAUUUAGUGGCUUGUGCAGGAGCCGUAGCUGCUUCUAUACUUCACAGACCUGUUCGAUGCAUGAUGGACCUAAGCACCAAUAUGAAAGCCAUCGGCAAACGGCACGGCUAUAUAGUAAGAUACAAGGUGGGCUUCAAUGAGGAUGGCACGCUAAAUGGCAUCAUUAUUAUUUACUACUGUAACAGUGGAAGCAGUCCAAAUGAUAAUGAAGUUGGAGAGAACUUGGUGUUUUCAGAUAAUGCUUACAGGUGUAAAAAUUGGCAGCUGAUCCCUGUAGCUUUGAAGACAAAUCGUGCACCUCAUACAUGGUGCAGAUCUCCAGGUUCAAAGCCCAACAUAUUUGUCAUUGAGACAAUCCUUGAACACGUGGCCAAGUUUCUGUCACUGGAUCCAAUUGCUGUGAAGCAGAAGAAUCUGUAUGCUCGGGGAGACCAAACACCAAUGGGUUUUGUUCUGCCUUACUGCAGCAUUCAGGACCUUUACUCGACUCAGUUAACAAAAGCGGAUGUGGCAGAACGCAUGCAAGCAAUUAAGAAGUUUAAUGCAGAGAAUGUGUGGAAGAAGAAAGGUCUGGCAGUGGUGCCCCUUAAGUACAGCCUCUUCUGGAGCUGGACAUAUUACCUGUGCACUGUUUCAAUAUUAGCCAGCGAUGGUUCAGUGAUAGUAUCACAUGGUGGAAUUGAAUCUGGUCAAGGCCUCGAUACCAAGGUUGCUCAAGUAUGUGCCUACACGUUGGGAAUUUCAGUUGACUACGUCUCCAUAAAACCAACCGCAACCAAUAGCAGUCCAAACUCUGGCGCCACAGGUGGCAGUAUCAGCAGUGAGCUUAACUGUCUGGGUGUACAACGCUGUUGUGAGAUUCUGAAGGACAGAAUAAAGCCGGUGAGGGACAAGCUUCCACCGGGAAUAUCCUGGAAGAACCUGGUGGCAGCCUGUUUUCAAGCCAAGGUGAAUCUGACUGUGCAGGACUGGGUGUGGCCUGACCCACAGCCCAAUGAGGCUCCCCGGUAUAACUCUUAUGGGGUGACUGUGGCAGGGGCUGAGGUUGACAUUCUCACGGGAGAGAACCAGAUCACCCAAGUGGAUAUACUCUUUGACUGUGGUGAAAGUUUGAAUCCUGAUGUUGAUAUUGGACAAGUGGAAGGUGCUUUUGUCAUGGGCAUGGGAUAUUGGCUGACUGAGAAGAUGAUCUAUGAUCCUAAGACGGGGGCUGUGCUGAACGCAGGGACGUGGGACUACAAACCACCAUUCAGCAAGAGCAUUCCUGUCAAUUUCAACAUCGAGCUGCUGAAAAAUGCUCCCAACCCCAUGGGUGUGCUCCGUUCGAAGGCCAGCGGUGAACCUCCCCAGUGUAUGUCCUGUGCAACGCUAUUUGCUGUGAAACGUGCUAUUGAGUCUGCACGUGAAGAUAUUGGACAGAAUACAUACUUUCCACUAAAUGGGCCUGCAACUGUGGAAGUAAUCCAGACAAACUGCCUUGUGGACUACAGAAAUUUUUCAAUCUGAAAACCACACUUCAUUCUGCUACUCUGCUGAACAAUGCUAAUAACAUGAUUUUUUUUGCCUUAAUCACAAUACUGCACAAUAUUUUGCAGUAUCACCUCUAUAUCCUUACAGUCUUAAACUUCAUUGUUUAAACUUAUAGUAAUCAUCUCUUUACAUCUAAUGAAAAGCUCUCGGAUAAGUCCAGUGGGGAGAAGAUUCAGGAUUUCAUGAUGAAAUAAUGCUAAGCAACACACACAAAAUGCUGGUGGAACGCAGCAGGCCAGACAGCAUCUAUAGGAAGAAGUACAGUCGAUGUUUUUUUAUUCUCUCUCUCUCCCUCUCACAAACACUCCUUGCCUGCUCUCCAUCUUCCUCUGGGCUCCCCUCCCCCUUUCUUUCUCCCUAGGCCUCCCGUCCCAUGAUCCUCUCCCCUCUCCAGCCUUGUAUCCCUUUUGCCAAUCAACUUUCCAGCUCUUAGCUCCAUCCCUCCCCCUGCUGUCUUCUUCUAUCAUUUUGGGUCUCCCCCUCCCCUUCCCGCUUUCAAAUCUCUUACUAUCUCUUCUUUCAGUUAGUCCUAACGAAGGGUCUCGGCCCGAAACGUCGAUUGUACUUCUUCCUAUAGAUGCUGCCUGGCCUGCUGCAUUCCACCAGCAUUUCGUGUGUGUUGCUUGAAUUUCCAGCAUCCGCAGAUUUUCUCUUGUUUGCGUUUUUAAUGCUAAGCCGUUAGUUUUCCAUAAUGCAUAUGCCAUUACUAAAAACUAAAGCAAAUCAACUUAGCAAUUUGCAGUACAUCUUUCAGCCAGUGAAUAUAAAAUUGAUAGCACAUAUUGUUUUUAAUUUGGAUUGCAUUUAUUUAGAGUAGGAGUUCCCAAUGUUUUUUAUGCCAUGGACCCCUAGCAGUAAUUGAGGGGUCCAUGGACCCCAGGUCAGGAAUCCCUGGUUUAGAGCAAGUAUUCUUUAUAAAGCAAACUUAGCACAUUUCUAAUGAGGUGUAGAGUUAGAGAUCAAACCAGAUUCUUUACUUCGAAUGGAUAAUUAAAUUUAAAGAUAAAGAUUAGCUUUAUUUGUUACAUGUUCUGUGAAACUUCAAAGGAUACAGUGAAAUAUGUUGUUUGCGUCCAUGACCAACACAGUCUGAGGAUGUGCUGGGCUCAGCCCACAAGUGUUGUUAUGCUUCUGGUGUCAACAUAACAUGCCCACAAUUCACUAACCCGAACCCAUCUUUGGAAUGAGGGAAGAAAUUGGAGUAACGGAGGAAACCCUCACAGUCACAGGGAGAACUCCUUAUAGACAGUGGCAGAAAUUGAUCCUUGUUCUCCUGAUCGCUGAUGUUGUAAAGCGAUUGCACUAACCACUAUACUACUCUGGCUGAAGUUGGAGAUUAUAGCACAUGAAGACUUGCUGUCCUGGUAGAACCUGUUUGCUGGUGAAAUCUCUGUGCAGUACUCUAUUGUGUCAAUUUAUCCAGUUUAGAGUCACAGAGCACCUCAGCACAGAAACAGGCCCCUCAGCCCAGCUAGUCCCAUCAAACUGCGCCCGGACCAUAGCCCUCCUUAACACUCCCAUCCAAACCACUACAAUUUUCCAAUUGAUCUUGUAUCCACCACUUCUGCUGGCAGCUCUUCGUACACUCGUACCUCCACUUUAUCCUUGAAAAAAUUCAUUUGUUGUUUCAUGUCUCAUCCUGGCUAAGGUUCCACAUAAGAUCGAUAAGAAAUUUCUUAUAACACUUAAUGUAAUUAACAAUUCUACCUAAGUAUCUUCGCCUCACGUAACCAAGGACUAAUUUCAACCACCGAAAUGCAGCAAAUUUUCAAGGUUAGGUAAUGUAUCGUUGAUGUGAUUGACACAAUAUCUACCACAUUUUACCUUUGCUUACUCAGUGUCAUUGGCAGAGCCAACGAUUAUUACCGUCUCUAAUUACUCUUGAGAAGUGUGAUGGUGGGCUGCAGCUUUGAACUGCUGUAGGUAGCUGUUAAGAUAGGAGUCAGUGUGAUCCUGAGUUGGCAGUAGAAACACAAGAACAUGUGUGGACGGUGUGGUGAUAUCACGUGUCACGUGUAAGAACAUGAUUGGACAGAGUCGGGAGCAUGCACAGAAAUGACAGAAUGAUCUAGAAACUGUAUGUAGAGACGUGCUUACAACAGGAAUUCUGCAGAUGCUGUAAAUUCAAGCAACACACAUCAAAGUUGCUGGUGAACGCAGCAGGCCAGGCAGCAUCUCUAGGAAGAGGUACAGUUGACGUUUCAGGCCGAGACCCUUCGUCAGGACUAACUGAAGGAAGAGUUUGUAAGAGAUUUGAAAGUGGGAGGGGGAGGGGGAGAU